AUGAGGAAGAUGCCGAGAAGGUGCAAUGGGGGACAAAGUCUCACUGGCUGCGAAUACAAUUUCCUGGAAGCCACAGCCAAGUCUUUUAUUGAGGGGCCAAUGGAGUAGGUUACCUUUUAAGAUCUCGCUUCAUCCUUCAGCACCUUCAUUUUCCAAGAUUCCAAGCAGACACACCAGCGCCUGCCUCGUUUUACCAAAUUCUAAUGGCUUCUUUAUCUUCUUCUUCAAAACGUAAGAGGAAAUAUGAUGUUUUCUUGAGUUUUAGAGGCACCGACGUGCGUAAAAACUUCCUCAGUCAUCUCUACAUGGCUCUUGACCAGAAUGGUUUAUUCACGUAUGUUGACAACAAGGAAAUGAGGAAAGGACAGCAAAUAUGGCUCGAGCUUAUGAAGGCGAUUAAGGAAUCACAUGUUGCAAUCAUCAUUUUCUCCAAGAACUAUGCUUCCUCACGGUGGUGUUUGGAAGAGGUGGCGAAAAUCAUGGAAUGCAUGAAACAAAAAGACCUGAUUGUGCUGCCGGUGUUUUACAACGUGGAACCAAGAGAAGUGAGAAAGUGGAGAGGGAGUUAUGGAAGAGCUAUGGCUAAACAUGAGGCCGAGUUCGGGAAGCAUUCGCACAAAGUGAAGAGAUGGAAGAAGGCUUUUGUUGAUGCCAGCAACUUAUCUGGGUGGCACUUUGAUAAUGAAGUUGAAGCGAAGCUUAUAAAGGAAAUUGUGAACGAGAUCUCUAUGCAGCUUCAUCGAAGACCCUUACACGUUUCUAAGCAUCUGGUUGGGAUACAUCCUCAAGUGAAAAAGCUGAAUUCAAUGUUAAAACUUCAGUCUCGUGAUGAUGUUCGCAUGAUAGGAUUAUGGGGACCAGGAGGCAUAGGGAAGACAACUUUAAGUUUAAAACUUUACAAUAAUAUUUUUAGGCAAUUUGAGGGUUCAUGUUUUUUGGCAGAUGUUCGCAAAGCUUCAAAAGAUCCCAAAGGUUUAGUUGCUUUGCAAGAAAUAUUGUUGUCUGAGAUAUUUCCGGGACAAAAAUUAGCAGUGGCUAGUUCUCAUAGAGGUAUUAAUUUAAUGCAAGAUAGAUUUUGCCACAAGAAAGUUCUCCUUGUUCUUGAUGAUGUCAAUGCCAAACAACAGUUAGAUGCUUUAGUCGGAGAACCGAGGUGGUUUGGUGAAGGAAGUAGGAUCAUCAUUACCACGAGAAAUAAGUAUUUGCUAGCUUCUCAUGGGAUAGAUAAAGAUCACAUCUAUGAAGUUAAACCUCUAGAGUAUUGUCAUGCUCUUGAACUUCUCAAUAAACAUGCUUUUCGAAGAAACAACAAAAAAAUAACAAGGCAGGAUCUUGUAAAUAUGGCUUUGAAUUAUGCUAAUGGACUUCCUUUAGCACUUGAGGUAUUGGGUUGUUCCCUUUAUUGUAGAAGAGAACGUGAGUGGGAAAGUACAUUGCAUAAUCUCGCCAAGUUUCCUAACAAGAUCAUCAAUGAUGCUCUUAAGUGGAGUUAUAAUGGACUAGAAGACCAUGAAAAGGAAAUCUUCCUUGAUAUUGCUUGUUUCUUUGAGGGGCAAUCUAAAGAGUACAUUAUGAGAGUUCUUGACUCUUGGGACUUUGACCCUACAAUUGUUGUGAAAGUUCUUGUUGAGAAUUCCUUGAUAACUAAAGAGAGAGAGAUCAUACGAAUGCGUAACUUGAUUCAAUUGAUGGCCAUGAAUAUCAUUAGACAAGAAUGUCCUAAUGAUCCUGGAAGACGUAGCAGGUUAUGGCUUUUUGAUGAUUUUCGUAAUGUUUUGUCAAGGCAUUUGGUAAGAUUUGCUGGUGUUGAUAUUGAUUUUUCUCUCUUUAUUUAAUUUUGUAUAUUAAUUGCAUUGCAAAUUCUAUAAAUACAGGUAAUAGAUGCAUUACAGUCGAUAGUUUUAAUUUUACCUAAGCCAGAGAAGAUCAACAUGGGUCCUAAUGCUCUUACAAAUUUGAGAAGGUUGAAGAAGCUCAUCAUGAAGAAUGUGCAUAACUCUUUCCAAGAUCCCAUCUAUCUUCCCAAUGAACUAAAAUGGUUUGAAUGGCCUGAAUGUUGUCCUUGCAUCCCAGAAUCUUCCUCCGGUCCUGAGGAGUCAGCUCAAAUUAAUUUGCAUGGAAGCAACAUCCAAGCACUGAGUAAGCAAUUUAA